ACAAGAAGCUGAAAAGAGCUGAUCCCGAGAUCAGCAUCUCUGAAAACCCUGCUCCCGGAUUUUGCUCCCUCCUCACGUUUCCAUUUCCUUCCUUCCUUCCUCUCUCGCCAUCCGAUUUUUAGCUUUCUCCCUCCUUUAAGAGAAAGGAAACCGCGAGCAAUGCCCGGUAUUUAACGGCCGGCGCGGUGUUGGCCGACGGCCAGGCGAGGCGAAGCGAGUUCUCUACGCCGAACACUUCACUCGUACGGGACGACGGCCAUGGCGUCUGCGGGGUUGGAGGAGGCGUGCGCGGAGAUCCGCGGCGCGUGCGGCAACCCGCGGCGCCUGGCCCUCCUCCUGGCCCCGCGGAGCCCCGCCGAGAGGCAGCGGAUCAGGGCGGCCUACCGCGCCUCGUUCGGCGAGGACCUCGCCGCGGCGCUGCGGGGGACGCCCCUCGCGGCCGGCUCCGGCCAGGAGGACGAGCUCCGCAAGCUGCUCUACCUGUGGGCGCUGGAGCCGGCGGAGCGGGACGCGGUCGUGGCGCGGGAGGCGGUGGAGGGCGGUGCCACCGUGGCCGGCUACCGCGCCCUCGUCGAGGUCUUCACGCGCCGCAAGCAGGACCAGCUCUUCUUCACCAAGCAGGCCUACCUGACCAGGUUCAGGAGGAACCUGGACCAGGACAUGGUCACCGAGCCGUCGCAUCCUUACCAGAGGCUGCUGGUGGCUCUUGCGGCCUCCCGCAAGUCGCACCACGACGAGCCCAGCCACCACAUUGCCAAGUGCGACGCGAGGAGGCUCCACGACACCAAGAACAGCGGCGCGGGGUCGGUCGUCGACGAGGCCGUGAUCCUCGAGAUGUUCAGCAAGAGGAGCACCCCGCAGCUCAGGCUGGCCUUCUGCAGCUACAAGCACAUAUACGGGCAUGACUACACCAAGGCUCUGAAGACAAAUGGCCCUGGUGAGUUCGAAGAAGCUCUGAGAGCUGUUGUCAAGUGCAUCUACAGUCCUUCCAAGUAUUACUCCAAGUUACUGCAGAGAAGUAUGCAAUGCGCAGCAACUGAUAAAAGGUUGGUAACAAGGGCAAUCCUGGGCAGCGACGACGUCGGUAUAGAUGAGAUCAGAUCAGCGUUCAAGAGCUGCUACGGGAGUAACCUUGCAGAUUUCAUCCGAGAAAGCUUGCCCCAGAGUGAUUACAGAGAUUUUCUUGUGGCUGUGGCAAGAGGGUCAGCCGCCUCAUGAAGCUGGCAGCUGGCACAGUGGAAACCUUGAUCUGUCCAUGGAAGUAAAAAUAGUGCUUUGCAUGCUGCACGAGUGUGUUGAACAUGAAAAACAGCAUCUGAUGCCAUCUGAACUUGGAUUUCAAGGUUAUGAAAUGUUA